CAACCACCCACGACCAUGCCCCCCCGAACCUCAACCACGACAACCUCACUCAUGACGCCGACCCUCCCCGCGUCCUCCGCCCCCAGCAGCAUGGACAACAACAACACGCCCUCACAACAGCAGCAGCUCCGUCACGCCCCUCCUCCGCACCGCCGCCGCAGCGGCCGCCCCAGCGACUCCCUCGAGCGCCUACGCGCCCUCCCGCCCGUCCGCCCCAUCCCGUGGCGCGAAGGCAAGGAGCUACCGCCCGAGAAAUCCACAGACAGCGACCGCGUGCAGACCCGCGGCGCCUGUCUGCUGGCUGCGCGCGGAGUUGUCAAUGAGCCCCCGUGUACCCAUUGCGCGUCGGGCGCGGGCCGCUUCUCGGUGUGUGUUUUUCUAGAGGGCUUUUUCGGGGGGGCCUGCGCGACUUGCCAGAUGGCGAGUAGGGGGAAUGUGUGUAAUCUGAGGACGAGAGCUGCGAAGGCGGAUGGGGCUUCGAGGGAUACGGAGAAGGAGAAAUCGAAUGCACAGGCGUCUGGUGCAGAUGCUCAACGACAGGAACAGCCGCCGCAGAGUCAAUCUCAGCGAACAGCGCCUCCGCGCCAGUCGCAGUCCGCGGACUGGACGCCUAUCGAGUAUACGAACCCAUCUAGUCUGAAGCGCAAGAGGGAGACGCUGCAAGGAACUGAUGUAUGGAGACCAUACGUAUCUCCCUAUCGACCCAUUGUGCUCUCCCCUAUGAUAGUCAACUCGCGAACCCCUACGUCGGCUCCCGCUCCCACAGAUCCUCCUCUGAACGUCAUCUAUCAGAAAGACGACCCCCGACGCCGCCCUCCCAAAUUCUCCACCCCCCAGGACGCACCAUCGCGAAUCACCGACUCGCCACGGUCUCGAACCCGUACCAGCGGUCAAGAGAUCUCCAGCACGCCCCAAGACCCCACCACCACCUCCGGCCGCGGCUCCUCCUCCUCCCUCUCCCCCAGCGCCCAACUCCUCCAAAACCAACAACAAGCCCAAGCCCAAGCCCAAGCCCAAUCUCAAUCCGCUCCGCAUCUCCAAUCCCCUCAACCCUCAGAAUCCCUCCUCCCCCCCACGCGGCCCCCGCCCCCAGACACCCCCCUUAUCGAUACCCUACCGCGCAAGAAACAGAAACAUAUCUAUAGUAUUCUAGGAGGUUUGCAGAGCGGGAUUAGAAGCUGUUUGCAGCAGGCCGAGAGUAUGCAAAAGCAGCUGGAUCUGUUGCAGGCGGCGUUAGGGGUCGGGGAUGAGGGGGAGGGGGAGGGUGUUGUUUAGUGGGUGUGGAGAGGGGGAAUGUGG